UCCAUCACGCCUGUAACGGCCGAAUCAUGGACCGUAACCCGUCGCCUCCUUCGCCGACGAAUGGGGACGAGGGCGAGGAGGAGGUGGUGGGGGGAGACUGCAUAGGGAGCACGGUGUACAGCAAGCACUGGCUCUUCGGCGUCCUCAGCGGGCUUAUCCAGGUUGUUAGUCCUGAAAACAACACAUCCAGCUUAGACGAUGAGGAGCAGCAGCAGAUGGAGCUGGAUGAAGAAAUGGAGAAUGAAAUUUGCAGAGUGUGGGAUAUGUCAAUGGAUGAGGAUGUGGCUUUAUUUCUCCAAGAAUUUAAUGCCCCUGACAUAUUUUUGGGAGUUUUGGCCAAAUCCAGAUGUCCUCGAUUAAGAGAAAUCUGCGUGGGAAUAUUAGGUAAUAUGGCCUGUUUCCAGGAUUUAUGUAUGUCCAUCAGCACUGAUAAAAAUCUUGGCCAGGUAUUACUGCACUGUUUGUAUGACUCAGACCCUCCUACUCUGCUGGAGACAAGCAGGUUGUUGCUUACGUGCCUGUCCCAAACAGAAGUGGCCAACAUCUGGGUUGAAAGAAUCCGGGACCACCCAGCUAUUUAUGAUAGCAUUUGCUUCAUCAUGUCAAGUUCAACAAAUGUUGACUUGCUGGUGAAGGUGGGUGAAGUUGUGGACAAACUCUUUGAUUUGGAUGAGAAGCUAAUGUUGGAGUGGAUUAGAAAUGGGGCUGUUCAGCCUCCAGACCAACCCCAGGAAGAUUCCGAAGAGCAGCAAGUGUUUAGAAUUGUGCCCUGUGUACUCGAAGCUGCCAAACAAGUACGUUCUGAAAAUCUGGAAGGACUCGAUGUUUACAUGCAUAUCUUACAGCUACUUACCACAGUGGAUGAUGGAAUUCAAGCAAUUGUGCAGUGUCCCAGUACUGGAAAAGACACUUGGAAUUUACUUUUUGACUUGGUCUGCCAUGAAUUCUGCCAGUCUGACGAUCCACCCAUCAUACUUCAAGAGCAGAAGACAGUGCUCGCCUCCGUGUUUUCAGUAUUGUCUGCCAUCUAUGCUCUGCAGGUUGAACUGGAGUAUCUAAAGAUAGAAAGCGUAGAUCUUCCUUUGAUUGAUAGCCUGAUUCGUGUCUUACAAAAUAUGGAGCAUUGUCAGAAGAAACCAGAAAACUCAGCAGAAUCUAACCCAGAAGAAACUAAAAAGUCUGAUUUAAGCCAAGAUGAUUUUCACUUGAAAAUCUUAAAGGAUAUUUCAUGUGAAUUUCUUUCUAAUAUUUUCCAGGUAUUAACAAAGGAGACUGUGGCUAAGGGACUAAAGGAGGGCCAGUUGAGCAAGCAGAAGUGUACCUGUGCAUUUCAAAACCUUCUUCCUUUCUACAGCCCUGUGGUGGAAGACUUUCUCAAAAUCCUGCAUGAAGUUGAUAAGACCCUUGCUGGUGACCUAGAAGAAAGCUUCCCAAGUUUAAAGGUUCAGACUUAAAAACUGAAUUGUAAUUUCUUCUUCCCAAGAAAUAAACUUUUUUUUUUUUUUUUACUGACAGUU